UACUUUGUCGUCAUCAGCGGCAUGGAUGGGAAAGCCUGGCUACCGUUACCCUCGCGAGCGUCUCUGGAUUAUAAUUUUUUUUUUUGUAUUUAUUUUUUCAAAUUUGAAACGUUUUGGACUGGGUUCUGAAUAUCGCAUGUUUUACUCACAUCGUAAAUAAAAAUAGUUUGCAAGUCAGCGGCCUUUUCUCGUUUUCUUGUCAGGGUUCUUACGUCAGCUAGCAAGUUUUGCUCCUGUAAGCAAAAUGGCGGACAAUGAAGACGAUAAUAAUUCAGCGAGCAAAUCUGCAGCAGCGAAAAUGGAAAACGUCGAAGAGAGCGGCUCUGUGCUGCAGGCUGAGGCGACACAGACCACAGCGGAGGGUGAAAAUAAUCAAGAAGAAGCGAGUACUGAACCGUGCACCGUGAGCUCCACCGGAGAAGGGGGCGUUGAUCAAGGCCUCGCUGAGUUACUGCAGAGCGGCUCGGGAGUGGAUGUCAAAGUUGUGGACGCGACUCAAGAGGUGAUCGGACAGAUCGUAAGCGGUGAGAUUAUAACCGAUCAGAAUAUAAUAACGUCUUACGUUCAGACCACUGCACAUGAUGGCAUGACGGCUGAAUGCGCCACUGUAAGCAGCGAGGUCUUAGACGCUUUUGCACCAACGACCACCAUAAUUUACGUACAGCCUGACGGCAGCUUUGUGGAGAGCUCUGGGUUAUCAGCGGAGGAGCAGAAACAACUGAUCGAGCAGUUAGCGAAGCACCAAUUAGUCCAUGUGACGGGGAGUGAGGUGGCUGCGAAACCAUCCACCGCCCCUCCCGUGGAGGUGCAGCAAGUUAUAGUGAGUGAAGCACAGGUGAUGGCCCAGGCUGAGCCGGCUCCUACUCAUACAACGACCCCGAAGAUAUUACAGAAAGCUGUCACGGCGCAACCGACGUCGUACAUUACGCUGGAAGCUAAUAAUUUGCAACUGGCGACAGCGAUCCAGACGCAGCCCGUGAGUAUCGUGCAAAACGCGUCGCAGCAGCUGCAGAGCGUCGCCAAACAGAUCACGCUGCAGCAGGCGCAGAGUGGCGCGCACACGACCAGCCAGAAGGCAGCUGAGCCCAUCCAAAUGAAAGUGCAGACACCACCGAAGCAAGACAAUAAACUACGCCAGGCAACCCCAAUAGCGAUCUUACAGCCGCAGAAUCUGUCAGCCGGUCAGCCACUUGUAAAAGUUUCAACCGUAGGAACAUUGAGCAGCCCACAGAUCAUCCACAUCACCCCAGUACCUGGACAGCAGCAGUAUUUCCUGCAAAACCCAGGUGAUCCUCCUAUUCAGCUUCUCCUUCAGAAACCGGCUCCUGUGGUUAGCACCGUUUCUGUCCCCACUGGGCACAAGGUACAUGUCCCUGCACCUCCCACUAUCAAGAGUCAUUUAGCCAAGCCUUCAGUUGCUCCUGCCCCUAUUACAAAGGUCCUUACACCGUCUAUAAAAGUUUUAUCCUCUUCGGCCAAGGUAGUAACACCUACCAAAUUUGUAACUGUGGCCACAAAGACUUCAGCUCCAGUGCUUGAAAAGGAAACACCUCGAGAAAAGAAUCGUCAGAAGAAGCCUCAAAAAAUCAAAACCCGCUCUGGUCGGGUGUCCAGACCACCUAAACACAAGGUGAAGGACUACAAGUUUAUUAAGAAUGAGGAUUUGGCAGAAAGCCAUCAGUCAGAUUCUGAUGACUACUCGGAGAUAAGUGUGGAGGAUGAAGAUGGAGAGGAAGGCAGGAAAAAGACCUCAGAUGUGACUCUCAACUUCCGUGACAAAGCCUUUAAAUGUGAAACGUGUGAGAAGGCCUACAUUGGCGUUGCUGGUUUGAAUAGACACUAUAAGAUAAAUCCCACACAUGACAAGAACCAGACCUACUCUCAAGCAGAAGAUUACUCUAAAACUAGAGAGGAACGAUCUGAAGUGACCGAUACUGGUCAUGCAAAAUCACUCAGUACUCAAAAAGUACAAGAGACUGCAAAGGUAGAAGUCAGGAGACCUGGGCGGCCCAGGGGACCAGGACGACCUGGUCGUCCAAGGAGGGUUGGACGGCCACCUAAGAGAGGACGACCAGGACGGCCACCUAAGUACCCCAGAGGAAUGACCUUGGAGCAGCAAGCACAAAGACAGAGAAAUCAACUGAAAGAAUUUAUUAAACAGUUUGAUGAUGAAGACCUUAUGGAGAUUGUUCUUCCACGUCUGGCCAGAGUCAUGACUGUUUGGGAAUUUGUGAUGAUGAAGGUUGAGAAGGGGUAUCCGUCAAAGCAACAGUUCCCAAGUGUGUAUCGUGAAUUUGAGCAACUACACAGCCAGGUGAAGAAGAUGGCUCUGGAAUAUUUGCAUUCUUCACCAGCCUCCCGGCCAGCUAUAGAGGUCAACGAUAUGGGAAUUUUACAAUCUCUCGGUAUAACAGAUCCCAGUGCGCUGAAACUCCUGAAUUCCUCUGAAGGACAACAGAGUCAAAGGACAAAUCAGGCCACCAAGAGCUUCCGAAAUAUUGAGAAUGCCAAAAUGUUGCCUCCUGCAAAAAGGUUCAAAAUAGAAAACUGCAAUGAAGAAACAAAUGGCUUUCAAGUUAAUCAGAACGGCAUCCAGAAAGAUGAGACAGUUGCUGUACUCCGAAAGCCUCAGGUGGUGUUGACCAGACUGGAGAACCUGAAUUCUGUAGAUCUAACUGCUGAUAACGGUACACAGAGCACUGAAAAUGAUGCUUCACUAAGGACAGAGGAUGAGCCAAUGGAAAUGGAAGUGAGUACUUCUGAAUCUGAUGCUACAAAUACGGCAGAAGACCCUGAUCCUGAGAUCUCCAAGGUUCUGAACAGCACCGCAGCUGUUGAUGUUGUCGAUCAGAUGAAACAGUUGGAACAAGCUCUAAGCACAGAUGUAGAAUUGAAGACCUCCCAAGAACCCACCCAGCAAGAGGUUGAAGAUAGUCAGGCUAGUGCUCUUGAAGAUCCCAUGGUCAGUGAUGUGAUCCAGCCUGUAGGUCAGGAAGAAUCAACAGUAAUUAUCCAGACAGCAGAGGGGCUUGUUAUGCAGAGUGCUGAAGAGUUAGCUGCCAAAGGCAUUGUGAUCGUCAAUGGGCCUGAUGGCACCAUGAUGCAUAUUGAAGCACCUGAAGGAGUCCCUUUAGAGACCGUUCAUGCUCUGCUUGGUAUUGAAACAGACAAAAAGACUUAAUGGAUUCACAUCUUUAAUGCCUGUUUUUGUUCAUUAUUCACACAAACAUUCAAACAUAUGUUCUCUCCAUGUAAUGGUGGUGUUUUUCCAUGAACUUUGUUUAUUCCAUUCUUUGUAAAUUUGUAUAAAAACAGUAUUAUAUAUGUUUGUUUGUUUUUUUUAUACAAAAAAGUCAAUGUUCAUUUAGAAUUUUAGACUGUUCAUUUAUGUUUGGCAUAUCUUAAAUACGAUUAGUUUUUUUGGAGUCCUACGUAGCAGUGUGUUACUGGUGUUAAUUCCAUAACACUGUAACAUGUUUCAAAGAAAAAGUGGCUGUAUAGUGAGAAGCACACUAAGUUGCUAAGAGUAUCCAGUGUUUUUCAUUUGGAGGUUAAUUGUAGCAUUAAAUAGAAUGUUCUUUCACCACAUGCACAAUCUGUAGCUCGGGAGGAAAAAAAUACAUCUGCCAAAAUUAAGUUAUGAAGUCCAGCAAAGUUCAGUAAUGAAAACACAUCCAAGUGUCUACAAAUAGCAGUGGUAAGAUUAUUUGUGAUUCUGUGUCCAUUAAGUUGGUCAUUCAGUGGAAUCUGUAAAUAACGUUUCCUUUAUGUUAGAAACGCAAGCUGUAGUUACAAUACAGUUUGAAUUGGUACCCCAUGUUAUAUUUUAUUUAUUCAACACUAAUGAUUAAUCAUUAUCGCUAUUCUGAAAAAGGUUAUUCAUCUAAUUCCUCAGAGGUGUGGCCCAAAAAACUGGGAUACAUGGGAAAUGUUGCAUUUUUGAUAAAAGGCCACUCCAGACACUGAGAAAUGGCUCUAGAUUUGUAAAGCAAAAGGAGAAAAAUACUUAUAUUCUGAAGCCUCAGAGUUGUUCCAUUGUUUGUUACUUAGUAGUUUGUCUAGUGCAAAAGUAAUUUGGUAAUUUUAUUACUUUUUAUAAAAUCUCUGGUUUACUGUG